AUAAACAGCAGGACGAGCCGAGCCGUCCCGGGCACACGAGUGCAACCAACGGCAACCCGCCCGUACGCGUACGCGCGCACUCGGCAGCAGGGGCGCGGCAACGCUGCAAAUCUUUACGCUGUGACGCUCGCCAAUUUCUCACGGGAAUCGAGUGCUUUGCCCACCGCCUCAUUGCCGGAGACUGGUGUCAUUAAUUUGUUCGGUCCCGUUACGCGAUGGACGGCUGGCCGACAGGGCCUUCCCUGGUCUCUACUAAAAAGGGGCUUUUUUCUGAUCGUCAUUAGCUGAGCCGUGCGGAGAAGCUCAUUAGACCUAGCUCGACUUCUCGAGUGAGGCGCACCGCCCCCACCGGGGCGACUUUUUAAGCAGCGAACGAGGCCUGAGGUCAUCAGUCGACCCGUCCUUCACGCGUUGCCUCGGCGACGCCCACAUCGCGAAGGUGCCUCCUCGGCAGCGUUUCGAGGGGUAGGAGGUUUGCGUGGCGGCGGCGGCGGAUGAUGAAAUGCCGUCGGUGCAUCCACGAGUCUCGCUGCUACGACCUUCACCGGGUGCAGCGGCCGCCUGCGGCCUUCAAACCCCUGGGCUUGGCCCGCUCGCCGACAGCGCAUGGUAAUUUGGGCAGGUCGGAUGCCGACGACGGUGCGUGUACACCGCCCAGCUGUCCGUCCAAACGCAAGCAGCGCAAGUUCAGGUUCGGCUUGCCGUCGCUCUCUGUGAAAGGCCCCUUGCGUAGGCUGGGCAGGCUGCCCUGGUUGGCGCUGCAGCCGUGGCGCCUGCUGUCGCCGGGCAUUGGCAGGCCCGCUUGGCGCCUGUCCAGCAGGGUGGCCGUGUACAAGUCAGUGCCGACGCGCAUGCUGUCGCGCGCCUGGGGGCGCCUCAAUCAGCUGGAGCUGCCAGGCUGGCUCCGCCGGCCCAUCUACACGCUCUACAUCCGCGCCUUCAGCGUUGACAUGACGGAGGCGGCCGUCGAGGACCUGCAGCACUACCGCAACCUGGGAGAGUUCUUCCGGCGACAGCUCAAGCCCAGCGUCCGACCCGUGUGCACCAAAUGCAUGGUGAGCCCUGCAGAUGGCAAAAUCCUGCACUUUGGCCGGGUGAGGAACAAUGAAGUGGAGCAGGUGAAGGGAGUCACCUACUCUCUGGAGAGUUUCCUGGGGCCGCAGGGCGGCACGCCCAGCGAGGCGCCCGUGCAGAGCACUGUGCUCCAGGAUCAGCUGGUAAGCCGACCAGGCAAUGCCCUGUACCACUGCGUGAUCUACCUGGCGCCCGGGGACUAUCACCGUUUCCACUCGCCUACCGACUGGACCGUGCACCACCGGAGGCACUUCCCAGGGACACUGAUGUCCGUGAGUCCUGGAGUAGCACGCUGGAUCAAGGAGCUGUUCUGCCACAAUGAGCGUGUGGUGCUCACUGGGGAAUGGCAGCAUGGCUUCUUCUCUUUUACUGCGGUCGGUGCCACAAAUGUGGGCUCCAUCAAAAUCUACUUCGACAAGGAGCUGCACACGAACAGCCCCCGCUACAUGAAGGGAAGCUACCAUGACUUGAGCUAUGUUAUGGAGCCCAGCCGUAGCGGCAUCCCACUCCGGAAAGGAGAACACCUGGGUGAAUUCAACCUGGGCUCUACCGUCGUCCUCAUCUUUGAAGCCCCAGCUGACUUCACCUUCAACCUCAACGGUGGACAAAAAAUUCGUUUUGGAGAGGCCCUCGGAACAUCCUAGAUACCCCAGUGGUCGCUACAAAAAUCAUUCUCGCAUUACAAUAUGUUUCGUGCAAUUUAAAGAAAAAAAAACAUCCGUCCAAUCUGCAAAUUUUAAACAUGUUCUCAAAAAGCUUCACUGAUGGUCAUCCAUUAUUGUUCCAGUUUUUUUGUGAGCGCAAGAAAAUGGGGCAUGGGUUGGUACAUUUUGUACUUUUUUACGGAAGUAAUUUCAAGAGAUUGAUUUAUUAGACGGUCAGAGAAUGGGAACGAUGUAAAUCCGUUGGUGUAGAUAUUCCAUAUAAACAGGGAUAAGGCGGAAUUACAUAUUUGUAACAUGCAGAUUUUUGGCUCUCAUGCAGAAUCCUCUCCACUAUUGUAUAGUCACCUCUUGCCAUAUUGAAUUCACAAUUGGGUACCACAAUGCCUCUUGCUGGAACAAUCUCCCAAAUUCUGUGAAGUCCUGCAUUACUAUAAAGUUACAUUCUUUUGAUUAUUAUCAGAAAUGCAUUUCUUGAGUGUGGUUCUUUUCAUGUAACCACUUUAAAUGUUCGUUGCAAAUCACUGCUGUAUGCAGACACAUGCAAACCUGCCGGAUUGAUUGAUAUUUGUGCUGGAUGUUUGUAAUUAAUGUAAUUUGUUUUGUAAAGUUGAUCACAGGCUUUGUAGAGACUAAUUACAGUGAACUCUCUCAAUAAACACGUGAUUUUCCAUGGUUUUAA